GGCCUCAAUAGAUGGGCGUUGCCUCGACUUGUUUGUUUGUCUCCUAACUGGUCUCAUAGCAGCUUCUCUAUAGACAGUGUGUCCUUGAGUUGCUGCAACUAUGAGCUCCAUACUGGACAGACCCAGGCUCGUCACAGAAGGUGCUCGGCCUCAAGAUGGUGUGCCCGACAUGACUGUUAUAAGUGAGAUAGAUGAGUAUGGCAUCAAUACAAACCUCAAGGUCCGCUUCCACCAGGGGAGGAUCUAUACAUACACUGGCACUAUCCUCGUGGCAGUGAAUCCUUACUAUAUGUUGGAUAUAUACGAGAAGGACAUGAUUGAGCGUUACCAUGGCCACCAGAUGUCGGACGUUCCUCCUCAUGUGUUUGCUACUGCUGAGUCAGCACUUGUAUCGCUUCAAGACGAGCGUUGCAAUCAGUCGUGUAUUAUCAGUGGAGAGAGUGGCGCUGGCAAGACUGAGACUACCAAGUUCAUUCUGCAGUAUCUAUGUUCUGUUACGUGUUCAGUAACACGGUGGGUAGAGCAUCAGAUCCUCGAAGCUAACACUGUCCUAGAGGCAUUUGGCAAUGCUAAGACUGUGAGAAAUGACAACAGCUCCAGAUUUGGCAAGUUUAUUCAGGUGUGCUUUGACAACCGUACUCAGAUCAGUGGCUGCAUCAUCCAGGACUAUCUGCUUGAGUUGUCUCGCAUCAGUUUCCAGUCUACAGAUGAACGCAACUAUCACAUAUUCUAUCAGUUGGUGGCUGCAGGAAUGGCUAACAAGGAAAUGCGUAGGGAGUUGUUGCUAGAGCCACCAUCCACCUACAAGUACCUCAACCAGAGCGGCUGUUACACACUGGAGGGAGUUAAUGAUGUCGAGAUGUUUGACCAGUUGAGACUAGCACUUCAAGUGCUCAAUGUUUCUGAUGACCUUUCCACUGGUAUAUUCCGUGUGCUCUCUGCUGUAUUGUGGAUUGGUAACCUUGACUUCCAAGACACUGAGUCUGAAGCAUGUCAGCUCACUAAGGAAGAUGGAGCUGUGAUUGUCAAGAUAGCUAAGUUACUUGGUAUUUCAGAGGCUCAGAUGCGCAAGGUUUGCACUACACGUCAGAUCACAGUCAAGGGAACCACCACUGACAUCGCCCUCAAGUUCCAUGAGGCACGGGAGAACAGACAUGCCAUGGUAAAGGCACUCUACUCAAGAACCUUCUCUUGGUUGGUGCAUCAGAUCAACUCUUGUACUAACCCUGGCACUGAGUCUGCAAGAUUCAUCGGUGUUCUCGACAUAUUCGGCUUUGAGAACUUCAAACACAACUCGUUUGAGCAGCUAUGCAUCAACUACACUAACGAGAAGCUUCACAAGUUCUUCAAUCAUUAUGUCUUUCAACUGGAGCAACAGAUUUACAAGGAGGAGGGUAUAAACUACUCGCACAUUUCCUUCACUGACAACUCUCUCUGUUUGGAGCUCAUAGAGAAACCUCCCAAGUGCAUCAUUAGGCUGCUGGAUGAAGAGUGCAGGUUCCCACGGGCCACGGAUGAGUCGUUCCUUCAGAAGCUUCAUCGUGAGAUGGGUGCUCAUGGCAACUUUGUCAAGGGAGCAGACAAACGAUUAUGGAGUGUAGAGUUUGGCAUCACGCACUAUGCUGGUCCUGUCACUUACAGUGUAGAGGGCUUCCUAGAGAAGAACAAAGAUGUGCAACAAGAUAUGUUUUUCGAUUAUCUCGAGAGCUCCAGUUCUCCGUUCACUCGAGAGAUCACAAAGUUCAGGGACUUGCUGACUGCUUAUAUGGAGGGGGCCAAGAGUCAAGCAACAAAGUCAAGGGGUUUGAUCAGUGCUACCAAGACAGGCAAAGGCAAGCCCACAGUGGGGGACACGUUUAGAACCCAGCUACUGGCUCUUGUGGAUGUCUUGGAUUCCACCACUCCUUGGUAUGUACGUUGCUUGAAGCCUAACAACAGCAAGUCUCCCAAGUUGUACGAUGAUGACCUCAUCGUCACUCAACUACGAUAUUCUGGAAUGUUGGACAUUGUAAGGAUUCGGCGAGAAGGUUAUCCCGUUCAUGUUCCAGCUCGAGAGUUCCUCAACAAAUACAGUUGCCUAGCAACCAAAGAUCCACUACCAGCCGAUGAUAAGAAAGCUGCUGCUCUCAUUCUCACUUCCCUCAAGCUACCAAGCACAGAGUGGCAGAUUGGCAAGAGUCAAGUGUUCUUACGGAACAGUGUGUUUGAUCCUCUAGAAGAGAGAAGGAAGGAACUAUUGAGUGUCAAGAUGAUCUUGUUACAGAAGGUGUGGAGAGGAUGGGUGGCUCGCAAAGCUUUCCUGCGUCUCAGGUCUGCUGCACUUGUCCUGCAGAAGAUUUAUAGAGGAAAUCGACUUCGUGUACAGUUUGUAAGAAUGCGACGCGCUGUGAUUGUUCUUCAGGCACACUAUCGCGGCUGGAUGGCAAGAGAAUUGGCUGCUGCAUUGCGUAAGAAACGAGCUAAAGAGUUGGCCGAGAGGAGGAGGCUACAAAGGUUGGAGGAUGAGAAACGAGCCAAAGCCUCUGCCGAGCGUACGAUGGAAGAAGCGUACAAAGCUGCACAAAUGGAGCUACUCACACUAGCCAAAAUGGCCGAACACAAAAGCAAAAAAGCUGUCAACAAAACUGGAGAUGUAGACCUUGAUAAGAUGUUUGAUUUCCUAUCAGAUGGGCCUAAGGCAGUGGGCAAGGAAGAGAAAGACUUCCUAGCUGGGAUCACUGCUGAUCUAGAGACCAUGUUUCAGAGCUCUGAAGCUGCAGAGAAAGCAGCUGAGGUAGGACGUAAGAAGCCGUCACGUCGUGCCCCAGCCCCUCCCUCAGCUAAAGGGGAGCUAUCACGCACACAACGUAGACAAAGGAGAGUCAUGAAGAAGCUGCUGGGUGUGGAAGAAGAUGCGAAUAAGAAGGAAGAAGCGUUUGACCCAACGGCAUAUCCUCUUCUCAAGUUUGCUGAGAUGUACUUCAAUGACUUCCCUCGUGACACUGGUGGCUUCAGUACUCUCAGUUUGCGUAGAGCCCCACGAGUCAAGGACCCAGUCUCUAAGCAAGAUAUGCUCUCCUUCAGCAAGUCGAGUAGUCUACCAACAUCCAUUGUGCACAUGCAUGACCCAGAGAAUGUGAACCUGGCCUGUGGUAUAUUCAAGGAUCUGUGUAAGCUGCUGCGUGGAGACCUCAAGGCAGAGCAAUACAAUCUCAUCAUUCAGAGCACCAUUGCAUACGGUAUCGAGCGCCCUGAACUAAGAGAUGAGAUAUUUUGUCAACUGAUUCGUCAGAUCACAGACAACCCGAGUGAUGAAGCUGUCUCCAGAGGCUGGCAUUUCCUCACUCUGUGCACCAUUGCCUUCCCACCCAGCAAGAACUUCAACAAGUUUCUCCAGGCCUACUUUCAAACGUUGAGUGAUGAUCGUACCAUUGGUCGCUAUGCAACCGCUUGUCUACACACUAUGAGGCUAACCAAAGUAUCGGCACGGCGUUUGCCACCGUCCACCAUUGAGAUGGCUGCGGUCAAGAAUCUGAACCCGCUCAUUUGUAGGUUCUACUUCCUGGAUGGCAAGGCCAAGGCAAUGGGAGUAGAUCCUUCAGCCACUGCACAGGAUGUCAUCCGCUCUCUGGCUGAUAAGAUUGAGCUACAGAAUGUGGAUGGAUGGGCUCUCUAUGAGGUAAAUCCUGAGACAGAGCACUUUAUAAAGAGUCAUGAAUAUUUGGGAGAUGUCCUUUCUCAAUGGGAGAGAGACAAACGAUCCUCCAUCACCAUGACGAUGUACACAACUGUCUCUAGGAAACCUUCGUACACCUCUGCACUCGGAGGAGGGGACUCAAAGUUUGUGUUCAGGAAGAGAGUGUUUCGACACCCCAAGGAGAUACCAGAGGACCCAGUCGAGUAUCACCUCAUGUAUGCCCAGGCAGUCAACUCAGUAGUCAAGGUGGAUGAGUUCCCUGUGAAUGAAGCUGUGGCUCUUCAGUUGGCAGGUCUGCAAGCACAGGUUCUCUGGGGGGACCAUUCUAAAGCACUUGCUAAUCGAUAUGAUGAGAUUGAGAGCUUCCUACCACAGAGAAUAGUGUCAGGGAAUCCAGCACGCACACGUAAUGAAUGGAAGGCGGCCAUUGGUGAUGCACACAAGAAAUAUGGAACUGGGAAGACUGAAAUUCAGGCCAAGGUCUGGUAUUUGACUUCAGUGAAGCACUAUCCUCUGUAUGGUAGUAUGCUCUUCCCUGUCUAUUACAAGGGUUUCUGGUCCUAUCCCAACAGCCUACUACUGGCUAUAGACCUGCAGGGAAUCAAGUUUGUCAACACCAAAAGCAAGCAGAUAAUGGCAGAGUAUGCCUACAAUGCUCUGGCUAGUGUGGAGGUCAACAUUAUUGAAGAAGUGAUCACUCUCUGCAUGAAAUCUGGUGGACCAGAGGAGCAGAAAGUGUUCAGCUUUGAGACAGGCCACAAGGAAGACAUUGCUAACCUCAUUGCCAGCUACUCUCCAGUACACAGCAACUGGCAACGAGUGGGAGAGGCUAAAACUAAAGCUGUGCGUCUGUCAGAGGAGGAGAGGGCAAAGCUGUGGCAAGAAGUGUGGAGUUGCAGAAGAGCCUUAAUGGAACACAAGAUGUUACAAGAACCUCCAGACAAAGGCAACUUCCUAACUACCACCCUCAGACGGUAUAAUCGUGCUCGCUUAGAGAAACUCAAGAAAGCACGAGAGGAGAAAGACUUUGAGAAGAUCUUCAAAGCCUCAUUUUGGUCGUACAGUAAAAGCAUGCUCAAGCAGCCAUUGACUGUAUUGGAAGGGGAGACUGGAGGGGAACUAGAUACCAUGGCCCUCACUCUCUUUUACACUGUUCAGCAACAUGCCGGCAUUACGCCAUCAUCGGGGUCAGGGUUCGAGGAGGUGGACCCAGACGACUGUGUCACGAUGGUGCAGCUCUCUCUUCAGAAAUGUCUUGAGAAAGAGGCACUUUGCAAUGAGCUCUACCUACAGCUCAUCAAGCAGACAACUGACCAACCAGACCCUAAUGGAAGAAUCAACAUUCAGAACUGGCGUUGUCUAUGUCUAUUGGCCGGAGUGGUGGUACCUCGCAACAGAGCUAUAGUCAACUAUCUCCAGGCUCACUUGAGGCGCUGUGGUGUUGAUGUAGCUACUGAAGAGGGGAAGUUUGCCCAGUUUGCCAUGCAGUGUAUGAGUCGCACUCAAACAGCCAAGAACAGGAAGUACCCACCGUCCUAUAGAGAAGUGCAGUGUGUCAUCAGAAGACGUCCUAUACACGAGCGCUUCUACUUUAUGGAUGGUCAGUUCCGAGCUAUAGAGUUUGAUGCAUCAGCCACGACACAAGAGGUGGUGGAGGUUGUCAAGGAUCGUGUUGGUCUCUUGCGUGGGGCACAAGGAUUCUCAUUGUUUGAAGUGUUUGGUCAAUUGGAGAGGAACAUGCUUGUCAAUGAAAAGGUGGCAGACGCCAUGUUCAAGUGGGAGAAGUAUGCACGAAGUACCAACUCCCCCAAGAUACUCAAGCUUACAUUCAAGAAACGGUUGUUUGUAAAACCCUUUGUGAACCCGAAUGAUCCUGUUGAAAUGAACCUUGUUCUCCAUCAAGCUAUUGAUGAUGUAGUGAGUGAUAGGUUCCCUGUGAGUGUGUCUGAAGCUGUGUAUCUGGCUGCUUUGCGAGCACAAGUGGUCCUGGGGACAGUAUCAGAGCAAUCAAACCUUGUCGACUACACGACACUAAUUGAGCGGAACAUACCCAAGCACAUGCGUGGGCGUGUGCGCCCUGAGGACAUUGCUAGGAAACACAGGGAAUAUAGUGAUCUGACAGAGAGUGAUUGCAAUGAAGCCUACAUGAGCUUUGUGCGAACAUGGCCCCUCUAUGGAUCCACCAUAUUUGAUGUGUUACAAGGUUACACGACCACACUACCCAAGAACCUCUGGCUGGCUGUCAAUCAAACUGGCAUACACAUACUCAAGCGACGAGAUAAGGACUCUCUUGUUACCUAUGAGUACAAGAACAUUGUCAACUAUAGCCCUUCGCUCAAGAACUUGAUGAUUGUUACUGAAAGUUUGACUCGAGGCACUAAGUUUGUGUUCAACACUAGUCAGGCCUCCCAGAUUGCCCACCUUAUUCGUGACUACACACACCUCAUUGUGGAAAAGCAGAGAAAAACUGGACCUGUAAAUAAAAGAUCAUAACAUUGUAACUAUGAAGGCAGUAGCUGCCUUCAGUUGUAGUAUUAAUUUUGUGUCGACAUGCCAUACACACAAGUAACGUUUAUAUCAUGCCGCUUAGUUUUUUUGUUGUAAUGAGGUCAAAUUAAUAAAACUGAAUUAUUUAAUGCAAAUAGUGUACCUAUCAUUAUAUGUACUAUAAUAUACUCCGGCCCCAGAGGAUCGAGGUCCGACAUGUGUGCAUGCAUGUGUGCACGAAUCACGUUCAGUACAUUGAUGUCAUUGCGGUCACGUGAUACCAUCCAGGCCAAAUGCACUGAACCUAACUCUAACCCAUCCAAUGAAGAAACCGAAUGCUGGAGAAACCUUACAUUAAUUGUCUGCCUACCUUCAGGUACACACCACAAAUUAACUUAAUUUUAGUUGUCAGCAUAUGCGCAUGUCAUGACAUAAUUAUCGAUAGAGCACAUGUCAUUUGCAGCCACGAUCUAGGCAAAGAGAGAUCGAGCAAGGCGCGCGAGGUGUGGUGUACUGCCGGCUGUCUCCUAAUGUACGUCGGUAAACUUUUGAUAACUACUCAACGCUGCACAGCACAGGAUUCAGCAUUCAAUCACUCUCAUAAUUUUAUUGUCAUUUCAUCUUUUAUGGGGGACGCCCCACUCUUAAUUUUUAUCACUGAAUGGCUGCUGACGUACGUAUAUAUAAGAGCACUACAAGAUACGACAGGAAAGGGUCAGUAUAAUAAUUAUGUAAGUGAUGUAGUGUACUAUCUUCUGGUAUUCAGCCCCUUUAAUGAGCACAGGAUUAUAUAGAUCUCCAAGCCAUUAGUUACAUCACUAUAAUUAUGCAAUUAUCUGCUGUAUUUCAUAUUGUAAUGAUUCAUUGGGUACUGACUUUAUAUGGAUGUAUGGAUGGUGCUAUGAUUCUUAGCCUUCCAGGCCGCAACAUAGAAUGCUGGCUUUCUGAUCGAGGAGAAGAUAAUCUGUUAUUGGCCGGGGAUGGAGUGGAUCUACCUCUGAGAGACAAAGGGCCAUGUAUGUGAUUUUCUGACAGGAAAGGCUACUCUAAACAGAGGGAGUCGGCCACACAAGGUAUAGUCUAAUAAUUAUUGUACGGUACUUAGAUGAUCUUCUCGGUUUUGGGUCAGAUGCAAUUGCCUUCAAUCACUAUAGCCAGUUAAAACAUUUCUUCUACUCUGGCUUAAGAAAUUGUAUUUUAUUAUUGUACCCAGCAUUGACCUCUACUACCGUGUAGCGGGAAAGUUCGUUAUUUGAGCCCUCGAGAAAUGUUGUAUAGUUGUUCACAUUUCAAUGCCAGGAAACCACAGCUUUGCAUGGUGCGUGGGAGUGUCUUCCAUUUAUAUUACAUGAAGUGUGAAGUGUGUUGUAAGUUUGUACAGAGAGGACUCCCAUGGUGGCAAUGAUCUGAUGAUGGCUCCACUGCUCUGAUGGACCAAUGCAGGAGAAGUUAUUCUGUAUAAUUAUUACACUAAAUUAAUGUAUGCCACUGUUUGGAUCGGUUUCUGUUCUGCUCAGCUUCUUCCUCCAACUUGCUUACGCAGGCUAAGCUUAUUCUUAAUUAGUUCAUUCUUAGUUCAUUCCAUAGUCUAGUAUUAUUGUCGGUUUGGUUGUUAUGUUUUUCACCUGGUCAUACGGAAUCACUUCAUUAAUUUUUAUACAGUGCAGACCGCACCUCUAUCCACACAUUGUACCUGCACAUCCUGUAUAUAUGGGGCCACACCCCCACUCACUGUACUGAUAUGUGGUCACACCCCCAUACAUGGUAACCCUCUUGACCACACCUCCACCCAUGCAUUGUGUCGUACAUGCUGUGUUUUUGUGUACAGUACACAUCAUCCGUGUCUUUAUCCCCACACCUAGUCGGAGGGACAGCAAGUUCUACUAAGAGCCAGCAUCACCAACUAACCAACACACUACAAAACCUACCUACUACCAGCUAGGACAGCACACCACCCGGGACAGACUCUACUAUACCAUGUAAUACGCCUUUGUAUUAACGAUCAUGAUACAAUUUGCUGCCCUCCCUCGCCCAUGGAUUGAAUAAUUAUGGACACUCGCAGGAGACUGACACACAAUAAUAGACACCAAAGGGCCAGUUACUGUAUCAUGUACGAAUAUUCUGUUGCUUGUACAUUUCGUAACAUUAUCAGUAAUUGACUGUAGAGUAGCUCCCCUUUCUUCAUCACUCAAUGCAGGCAGUGUAUGUGAUUUUCUGACAGGAAAGGCUACUCUAAACAGGGAGUCGGCCACACAAGGUAUAGUCUAAUAAUUAUUGUACGGUACUUAGAUGAUCUUCUCUGUUUUGGGUCAGAUGCAAUUGCCUUCAAUCACUAGCCAGUUUAAAACAUUUCUUCUACUCUUGGCUUAAGAAAUUGUAUUUUAUUAUUGUACCAGCAUUAGGUAGUUAACUCCACUUAUGCAUUGACCUCUACUACUGUGUAGCGGGAAAGUUCAUUAUUUGAGCCCUCGAGAAAUGUUGUAUAGUUGUUCUCAUUUCAAUGCCAGGAAACCAUAGCUUUGCAUGGUGCGUGGGAGUGUCUUCCAUUUAUAUUACAUGAAGUGUGAAGUGUGUUGUAAGUUUAUACAGAGAGGACUCCCAUGGUGGCAAUGAUCUGAUGAUGGCUCCACUGCUCUGAUGGACCAAUGCAGGAGAAGUUAUUCUGUAUAAUUAUUACACUAAAUUAAUGUAUGCCACUGUUUGGAUCGGUUUCUGUUCUGCUCAGCUUCUUCCUCCAACCUGCUUACGCAGGCUAAGCUUAUUCUUAAUUAGUUCAUUCUUAGUUCAUUCUAUAGUCUAUAUUAUUGUCGGUUUGGUUGUUAUGUUUUUCACCUGGUCAUACGGAAUCACUUCAUUAAUUUUUAUACAGUGCAGACCACACCUCUAUCCACACAUUGUACCUGCACAUCCUGUAUAUAUGGGGCCACACCCCCACUCACUGUACUGAUAUGUGGUCACACCCCCAUACAUGGUAACCCUCUUGACCACACCCCAAUCCUAUGCUGUGUUUUUGUGUACAGUACACACAUCAUCCGUGUCUUUAUCCCCACACCUAGUCGGAGGGAGCAGCAAGUUCUACUAAGAGCCAGCAUCACCCACUAACCAACACUCUACAAGACCUACCUACUACCAGCUAGGACAGCACACCACCCGGGACAGACUCUACUAUACCCAUGUAAUACGCCUUUGUAUUACGAUCAUGAUACAAUUUGCUGCCCUCCCUCGCCAAUGGAUUGAAUAAUUAUGGACACUCGCAGGACAACUAAGAGACUGACACACAAUAAUAGACACCAAAGGCAGUGUAUGUGAUUUUCUGACAGGAAAGGCUACUCUAAACAAAGGGAGUCGGCCACACAAGUCGGAGGGAGCAGCAAGUUCUACUAAGAGCCAGCAUCACCAACUAACCAACACUACAAGACCUACCUACUACCAGCUAGGACAGCACACCACCCGGGACAGACUCUACUAUACCAUGUAAUACGCCUUUUUAUUACGAUCAUGAUACAAUUUGCUGCCCUCCCUUGCCCAUGGAUUGAAUAAUUAUGGACACUCGCAGGACAACUAAGAGACUGACACACAAUAAUAGACACCUAACUGCAUUUUUGCCAUUAAUAUAAUAAAAAUAAUUUUGCCAUUAA